ACAAGACACAUCUCAGAACUUGAGCUUACAGCGAUACAGCUUCGUCACGAGGCUACUGGUGCAGAACAUCUGCAUAUUGUUCGUGAAGAUGAUAAUAAUGUAUUUGGUGUGGGGUUCUCUACACCGCCUACGAAUAGUAGCGGAACUUCGCAUAUUUUGGAGCAUACCGCGUUAUGUGGUAGUAAGAAAUUUCCCGUGCGAGAUCCUUUUUUUAAAAUGCUAAAUCGUAGUUUGGCAAAUUUUAUGAAUGCUUUUACAG